GACCGCUUUGUUUAGGGCCAUCUCUCCCUCGCCGGGUCCCGUCGUCCCUCUCUGCCAAUCGACAUGCGGUCAGUUGCGGUGUGCUGACGCCGGUGUUAGCGGCUGUUGUACGGGCGCAGGGCAGGGUUUGGACUCUGCCAUGAAGCGGAGACGGACAGUGAGGACGGUUUAGAGGAAGAAGCUUCACAGAAAGGGUUUGCAAAUAUGAUGUUCUACUUCGGCGUCAAAGCGCUCGUCGGGCUGUGCGCACUGGUGUUGCUGGUGGCCGGCCUGAUCGACGUGCUCACCAUCAAUUCGGCGAAAAACGAGUGCGAAAUGACGUACAUGUACGAACUUCCCGAGUACAUUCCCAUCAAGCUAAAUAAAGAAAUACAGCAAAAGUACCCAAGGUAUCGCCUUGUCGUUUAUGGAGAAGGAGUGUACGCCCGUCAACUGCGGAGGGGCCACCUCCGCGGCGUUCCCGUCCUGUUCGUGCCGGGCAAUGCCGGUAGUUACCAACAGGUGCGGUCCAUCGGCACCGUGCUGCUGCGCAAGGCCGAGUUCGAGGGACUGCCGUACCGGUUCGAUGUGUUUGCCACUGACUUUCAGGGCGAGCUAUCGGGUCUGUACGGGCCGCUGCUGCGGGACCAGAUCGGCUUUCUGCACGAGUGUGUCCGCACCAUCCGCAACCUGUACAAGUCAACGCCCAAUGCCAGCCUGGUCAUCCUCGGUCACUCCAUGGGUGGUAUGGUGGCACGGUCCCUGUUCACGCUGGACGAUUUUGAACCCGACAGCGUGUCCCUGAUACUGAGCUAUGCCACACCUCACCACAGCGCCGCCAUCUUGGACUCUCACCUAGACGCCGUGUACGCGAAAAUACGGAAAACAUGGUCGCCGCCGCGGCAACCCGUGAUAAUGGUCUCGGUUGGUGGCGGGCGUAGAGAUACCCUUGUCCGCAAUGAGCUCACCCGGCUGGAGCCGCACCCAUACCACAUCAGCACCACGAGCACGGCUGUUCCUGGGGUCUGGGCCUCUGCAGACCACUUGACAAUUGUGUGGUGUCAGCAGUUGGUGGUGACCUCAGCGAGAGCUUUGUUCGAUCUAAUUACUCGUCAGGGUCACCAGGUCAGGCUGACCAAAGAUCGGGAGCGCAUAAAGGCGGUGGUUGACUUCCACUUUGUCAAGCGACCGUAUGGGAAGCAGCUUCCAGAGGAACCUCCCAGUAGUCAGCCCAUCUACUUCGGCUCCAGCGGCGAGUGGUCAGACCACAUCGAACGCUCCUGGCGCGUUCACAAACAGAAGGUGCUGGUGUCCCGUUGGCUGGUGAUGCCCGUCAGGGAGUCUGACUACGUGGUGCUGCGGGCAUCGGGUCUCGGCAACAAGGAGUGGCUGUAUGGCUGCACAGCUGUGCAUAAGGAAGCUGCAUCAGGCAAGCUGCUCUGCACGAUGGGUGUGAGUCUUUCCCGGGAAGGCGUGACGCUCCCGUUCGAAGGCAGUUACGGCAUCGAGCGGCGGGGCUUCACUGCACCCGGUGCCGAGUUAAGGGCACGUGGCUUCAAGGCCCUGGUGGUGCAUGUCCGGCCCACUACGUCCAAGGUGAUUGUGGUGGGAGAGCGUCUGCGGCCCUCCGAGCGGUGGCGAGACGUCAGGCUACCCCCGUGGUGGGGCUUCUCUGAAGUGCUGUUGACGGUGCCGCUGACCGAGGGUGCGGCCUUCUACAACUUGAGCCUGCACGGCCUGUGGCACCCUUGGCAGGCGUAUCGUUUAACACUGCAGACCAAGGUGUGCCGCACGGGAACUCAAGGUGACGGCUUUGUCCGGUUCCUGGUCCCCUGGGGCCUGGAGGACCUGUUCUUUCACAUCCAGUACCACGUGGGCUCGCGUCGCGGCCCGAAGGAGACACCGAUGCUCGUGCACGUACAGAGCAAUGCGGGGAGUAGUGACGGCCCACCACCACAGCUGCACCUUUACCUGGACCCCGAAUGCAGCUACGAGCUUCGUGCUGAGGCCGCCUGGAAGACCAGCCUGGGACAGAUGAUGCGACGGCACAUAACCAUGGUGCCUUCAUACUGCAUCGCCAUCACGUUGGCGCUGCUGGCCGAGCAAUUGUUUUCCACACAUACGUCAGGUGUGAGCCUGGACUUCAACUGUGCCCUGCAGAAGGCCGAGACCUUCCUGGAACUCACUUUGCUGGCCAGCUUGGUCGAGUACUUCUUUCAGAGUCUCUCGGAAGGAGGUGCCGUUCUGGUGAUCGACAACAUGGGUACGACUAACGUUUGGGAGAACGUGGCCCUGCGCGUCUCCCUGUACUGCGUCGGAUGCGGGGCCGUCUACGUUUUGGGAAUCCUGAUUGCGGGCGGCACCUACCUGUUCGCCACGUGGCUCGACAGUAUGCUUGCAAUGGUAAGAGGAACCGACCGGGGUCCGCCGCCCAAAAAGCAGCCGUGGUUGCCGCAAGUGUUCCUGCUGGUGACGGGCCUGCUGCUUCUGAUGGUUGCCACCUGCGCUGCCGUGGCAAUGCUUGUGGCCAGUGUCGUGUUUGCCAUCAGGCUCGUGUACCAGUGCGCCCGCCAGUUGGCCCAGGAGCAGCGACGGGGUCCGUCGAGCGAGACGUGCGGGUGGCGUCUGCAGCUGUGCCUGCUGCACCUGUGGCUCUGGGUUACAGCCCUGGGGCUGCCCGCGGCCCUAGUCUGGUUCUCGGUCGGACCCCUGUCUGCCCCUCCAGGCGGGGCUGAUCCACUGGCGCCAACCGCGACCUUUCUGAUCUUGGCCCAGGCCGUCCUCUGGCAACCUUUCGUUCCGAAUCCCCAGGGGUCAUACUACCGGCCAGUGGCGUGGCUCCUUCGGCUCCUGUCAGUUCGCCUGUGUGCUGUUGUCUCCCGUGCGGAUGUACCGGGCGGCACAGAUCAUUGCGGUGGCCCACUCGGCUCUGGCGUUACAGCAGCUGCUCUCUCCACAACAACUCGGUCACAAAGCCGACUGAACAAACAUGCUUUGGAAACACCUUCCAGACAGGUCACAACACAAGGACAAAUAAAUGUUUUUUUUCUUGCGGCAUUUGCUGAGACUGGUUGA